AUAAGGCUUUUAAUAAAACACAUCAAAAGAGCAUUUCCUGUACAUUAGACACACCAGUAGGGGUUAAAUGAAACAUAUGGAAGGACAAAUCAAUUAAUAAGAUUAAACAAGGGACAUCACGUCCGAAUAAACAACUAAUUGGCAUCUAUUAUUAAGUACAUUUUCCACAGAGGAGCUUAUUAGAUAUUUAUUGUUCAGAAAGAUUAUUUACUCUUUUUCGAUCAAAUGGUCUUCGGAUCAUUUUUCGGAUCAAUCGAUUUCUGGGAAUUAUAACUAUUUAUUUAAUUGUUUUAAGUAUUGAUGUAGACCUCAUCUGGAAAUCUCACACUCGAAGGGAUUAUUCAAUUUGUUUUUUCUAAUAACAAUUAAAAUAUAAAGUUUGAAAAUUACAGUGUUAUAAUCUACAAUUGUAGUUUUAUUUAUGGAAUAAUUGAAACAGGAAAUAUGACAGCACGUACAAUGAGCUGUCCUGUGUUGAACAACUGUCCAAAUCCAACCGGAAAUAUUGCGCAUUUAGGACCUGCAAUCAACAACAUUAGCAGUACUGUUCAGACAUUGAUAUCAGUGAUAACCUACCUCAAGUGGUCAUCCGUGUGUGUUGUCUUUGAUAAUGCUACAGAACAUGAGGCAGUAGAUUUACAAAAUAGUUUAUCAACUAUUGGAAUAUUCGCUGUACUGUACAGAAUGGAGGAAGUGACAUCGUCUCAAAUAGAUGCACUUUCGCAAAAUGAACCGAACAGAGAUCCAGAUAGAUUAAAUUUUACAGUCUUAUGCCGCCUUAGUUCAUGUCAGUCAUUUCUUGAAAAGCCUUUCGAUUUUGGACGGAAAAACGUUUGGAGGAAUUCCUUACUGUAUUUUUCCAGUUGGUUAGUUGGUAUAUUUGACACAGGAAACUUGACGAUCCUAGAAAAUAAUAGUAGUUGUGCGUUUGAUAAUAUAGCUAUUAUAAAAUAUCCGACAAUAAUGUUGAAAAGUCAGCAACAACGGCAAGCGGUUAAAGCUGCUGCUCAUGAUUGUGAAUGGUUCCCAAUCCAAACGUUGAUGUGGCAUAAAACAGGGCGUGGUUUAUUGCAGAUUGGAUUUGUUCAUUUAAAUGGAAGCUUAAUAAAAAUAAAAGACAUAUUUCCGAAUGUAAGAUUUGGCUAUAAUCAAAGGAAAAUUCUUGUCAGCACCCUACCAUGGCCACCAUUUGUUAUACUGGAUAACAAAACAAAACAGUAUAGUGGAAUAACAAUUGAACUGCUGAAAGAACUGUCUAACAGUCUAAAUUUUACGUAUGAAAUAAAACCACCGCCGGACGGGAAGUGGGGUGUAGGAUCUGAUAAUAACACGUGGAAUGGGAUGAUAGGACAACUACAGCGAAGAGAAAUAGAUAUGAUAGCAGCACCUUUGGGAAUUCAGUCACAUAGGGAAACAGUAAUGGAUUUCACGCAUCCAUAUUACUACGAGUUUUCUGCUAUCCUUAUGAAGAAACCUAACCCAAAUGAUACACGCUGGGCAACAUUACUUGAUCCUUUCAGUCCUAAAGUAUUAAUGUACAUAGGAAUUUCAUUACCAGUUGUAUCGCUUUUCCUGGUGGCAUUCGAGAAGUAUAACCCAUUUUACGGUUACGUUCAGAACCGAAUGAAGACUAGAGGACUUCAUCACUUCUCAGAUUCGUUUUGGUAUAUGUAUGGUGCAUUGCUAACUCAAGGCGGAGAACAUAUAGCCAGGUCUUCGGCUGGACGAACACUCUUGAGUUUCUGGUGGAUUUUUUGUAUUAUAAUGGUGGCAACAUACAGUGGCAACUUUGUGGCCUUUCUAACAGUCUCCAAAACAAAAUUACCGUUUACGAAUCUUGAAGGACUAGUUGCUCAGAGUUCCUAUAAAUGGGGCACAGCAGGGGCAACGAUAUAUGAAACAAUUUUCAAGAAUUCUGAGUUAGAAGAAAGAAAAGAACUUUGGCGUGGAAUUAUAACAUUCAAUGCGACUGAUCCGUCCAUAUUAAGUAGUGAUCCUGAAGUACAUAUUACAAAGGUAUUAAAAGGAGAAUACGCUUAUGUUGCUGAUAAAACAUUCAUGGAUCUUGUAAUGACGAACAACUGUGAUUUAGCCAUUGCUACAUCCGACAUUUUACCUGUCCAAUAUGCUAUUGGUCUACCUAACAAUUCUCCAUUUGUUCAGAUGUUCUCUGAUGAAAUAAUUGCUAUACUUGAAAGUGGUCUCAUUCAAAUCUGGAUGAUGCAGAUCUGGCCUAGAAAUGGGGUUUGUCAAAAAAUGUCUGUCACAGAAGCAAAGACAAUUGAAUUAGUUGAUAUACAAAUCGCAUUCUAUCUAAUAGGACUAGGUGUUAGUCUGGCUUGCUUAUCGCUUUCUUACGAAUUUAUCAGAAACAAAUGCUGUAAAUGGCUACGAAGAAGUGGACGAAUGCAGAGAAGAAUACCAGUCCAAUAUAUGGGAACAAGACCAAAUAUAGAGGACUUCUUUUCAUCUAAUAGCAAUGAUUCUCCGAUGAAUCGAGCUAUUUCACAACAAAUUGGCAAUAGUUGGGCACAUAACAGACAAACUGAAUCAAAUGUGGCUACUGUUUCACCUAGAAUAGAUGUGUAUGCAUUGGAUGGACUGGUCGAAUAAGAAAGAAAAAUACAAUUGUUAUUAAUAAACAAGUUUAACUCUAAUUAUGAUCCGUUUAAUGCAAAAUAUGAUAGUAAACAAUCUGUGUGAUUAUUUUCUUUAAGAACAGGACUUGAAUAAUGAAUCAGCUAUUUAUCAUUAUUUAAACGAUUCACAUUCAGUUUGGCAGUUUUCAUUGUCCGUUCCUCUACCCGUCUGAUAGUUAAGAUGUAUUGCGAUGCUACAUAAUUUCAAAUUAACAAUUGAGAUGAUGAUUACAAUUCACAAUUAUGUUCUCCCCUCAUACAUUUUUAUUAAUAUCUUUAGGAAAAAGAGAUACAAUAUAAUAAUGUCUAGCUGCUUUUAGUACAUAUUUUUUCUUGGAACGAAAUUGCGUCUCAUAUCAAUAGCUGAUAAAUACUACCUUUAUUUCGAAGUCUUUAAUGUUUCCAUAAUUUCAAUAAUUUUUAAAAUGUGUGGUGUUAUAUAUAAUUACUUAAAACAAUGUAAGACGCAGCGUAAACUUUCAAUCAGCUGGACUUACGUGAGUAGGUAUCUAUCUAGGCAAAAGUAAUACGAAUACCGAUGUGGCGUAUACAGCAAAAGGAUAGCAACCACACACUCAAUCCCAUACAAAAUAUCAACUUCCUGAAAAGUUUUAGAUAACAAAGAUCUACCUACCAUCAACACAUAAUAUACAUAUGUAUUAUAACGUUGUUGAUGUAUGAGUCUCCCAAAUUCAAAUUGAUUCAGACAAAACCAAGAAGCAAGUCGGCCUGUACAUGAAGAAAAGUUAUUACAAACGGGAUAUCACAUCCUCAUUUCUACGGUGAUCUUAUUUAAAGAGCCUAAUUAAUUAGAUACGAUCCAUGUAAACUUAUCGAUCCUUGAAUGAACUUUUUUUUAAAGGUUAUCAAUUAAACACUUUUUAUCGGA